GCCUCCAUCCCACCUCAAUUUGCACCACCCUCAUCUCUUCUACAGACCCCUCCCAAUGUUCCCUCCUCCUCCUCCUUUCCCUCUUCCUUUUGCUUUCCAUCUUCCAAAGUUAGCUUCACUCUAAGCAGCAGGGGCUCAUAGCUCUGUCCUUGCUGCUGUGGAAUCUCUGAAGUUCACUUCUUCAGUUUCCUCCCCCUUGCUUAAUUUCCUUUUUCUAAAUCUGUCUUUUUAGGCAGUGUGUUUCACUGUUUGGGAUUAGGAUGUGGAGAGAUUUUCCCCCUCCUUUUUCUUUUUAAAGUACCCAAACAUCCUGCUGAGCUUGGGCUGCUUCUGGUUUGCUUUUUUCAGUCUGGAGAACAAGCUUCCAGUUCCAUUCUGGCUGCAAGUGCAUUUAGCUGAGCGCUGGAACCAUUUCCUCCAGCUAGAAGCUCUCAGCUGCCACAGACAUGAAUUUGUAACUUCUGCAGCAGGGAGAAAAGGAAGAGAACUCCGUGUUGGAGACGAAGGGAGACAUGUCCCUUCCAGGAGGAUACCGGAUACCAUGCAUCUUGUUACUACUUCUGGCCCUUUGGCCUGGAGAGAACCCUCAAGCUCAAAGAGCAGGUUGCAAGAAUGUUCACUAUGACCUCGUCUUCAUCUUGGACACCUCCUCCAGUGUCGGCAAAGAGGACUUUGAGAAGGUCCGCCAGUGGGUGGCUAAUCUGGUGGACACCUUUGAGAUUGGACCAGACAAAACCCGCGUCGGUGUUGUGCGCUACAGUGAUAGACCAACCACUGAGUUUGACCUUGGAAGGUAUCAAACUCGAGAGGAAAUCAAAGAAGCUGCCAAGAACAUCAAAUAUUACGGGGGCAAUACGAACACUGGCGAUGCCCUACGGUACAUCAACACAUACAGUUUUUCCACACAGGCUGGUGGCAGGCCAAGCAAUGGCGCCAUCAAAAAGGUGGCCAUCCUUCUGACCGAUGGCAGGAGCCAGGAUUACGUCUUGGAUCCAGCUACUACAGCACAUAAAGCAGGAAUAAGGAUCUUUGCUGUGGGUGUUGGUGAAGCCCUUAAAGAAGAGCUUGACGAGAUUGCUUCUGAGCCUAAGUCUGCCCAUGUAUUCCAUGUUUCCGAUUACAAUGCUAUUGAUAAGAUACGUGGGAAGCUGAGGAGGCGGCUUUGUGAGAAUGUGCUCUGUCCCAGUGUGCAUGUGGAAGGAGACCGAUUCAAACACACCAAUGGAGAAACUGAUGAUAUUCCAGGGUUUAAUUUGAUGGAGCUGUUCAGUGUGAGGGAGAUAUUUGGAAUGAAGGACAACGGACCCCACAGCUCCUAUGUCCGACUGGGGAGCUUCCCCAUUGUGCAGAGAACAGAAGAUGUCUUCCCGCAAGGCCUUCCUGAUGAAUAUGCCUUUGUAACCACCUUCAAGUUCCGCAAGGCUUCCAGGAGGGAAGACUGGUACAUUUGGCAGAUCAUUGACAAAUAUGGCAUCCCUCAGGUAUCAAUCCGACUGGAUGGUGAAAACAAAGCCUUGGAGUACAAUGCAGUUGGAUUGACCAAGGAUGCAGUGAGAGUGGUAUUUCGAAACGGUCGUGUCAGUGACCUGUUUGACCGCAACUGGCACAAGAUUGCUAUCAGUGUUCAGUCUCAGAGUGUAUCCCUCUAUAUCGACUGCAAACUGGUUCAGACGCUGCCUAUUGAGGACCGAGAAAAUAUCGACAUUCAAGGGAAGACGGUGAUUGGCAAACGCCUCUAUGACAGCGUGCCAAUUGAUUUUGACCUACAGCGGAUGGUUAUUUACUGUGAUUCACGACAUGCUGAACUGGAAACAUGCUGUGACAUUCCAUCUGGGCCGUGCAUAGUGACCCACGUUACGGAAGCUCCUCCCCAAGAUAUAACACCUACUCAUGGAAGUGAACAUAUUGGAAACAUCACAACAGUCAACUGUUCAUGUCCGCCUGGAGAAAAGGGUGAGAGAGGUCUGCCUGGGUUUGAAGGUUUGAGAGGCCAGAAGGGAGAAAUUGGGCUGACUGGACUUCCUGGCCCAAAGGGAGAAAAAGGAGAAUUGGGUGGAGGAGCAUUUGGCAGAGGAGAGAAAGGAGGAAAGGGUGAAAGAGGACCACAAGGAUUACCUGGGCUGAUGGGUGAGAGAGGAGAAAAGGGCGCACUCGGUGCACCUGGCAUCCCAGGGAGAGACGGUGCCAAAGGAGAGACUGGAGAGCCUGGACUUCCUGGAGCAGUUGGACUUCCCGGACAGCCAGGGCUGAAGGGAGCAGAGGGUCAGCCAGGUCCCCCGGGACGUCAAGGUUAUGUUGGAGCACCUGGCCUGCAGGGAGAGAGAGGAGAAAGGGGACCUCAAGGAAUCAAGGGAGAACCAGGUCUUGAUGGUUUUCCUGGAAAGCCUGGUGUGGAUGGGAAACAGGGCAUCCAAGGAAGUCCAGGCCAACCUGGCCUCAUAGGACCCAAAGGAGAAAAGGGUGACAUAGGACCUCCAGGAAAACCCGGCUCAGCGGUACCAGUUGAAGGUUUGAAAGGAGAACAGGGAGCUCCUGGCCCAAGAGGAUCCGUAGGCCCUCCCGGAGCUCCAGGUAGCCCAGGUCCCCCAGGACCAGAGGGCAAGCCAGGACCUGCUGGCUUACAAGGUCAAAGGGGCAAGAAGGGUGAAAUUGGUCUCUCGGGAGUUGAUGGAUUGCCUGGCCCUCCAGGUUCCCCAGGUCCUCCUGGAGUCGCUGGUCCUCCAGGACUUCCAGGAGAAAUUGGCAGAAAUGGACAACCUGGACCACCCGGCUUACCUGGCAAAGCUGGCCUGGAUGGGUUGCCUGGACUUCCUGGAUCCAAAGGAGAACGAGGAGAAAGGGGAGAGGAUGGGUUUCCUGGAAAGAUCGGGCCCAAGGGUGAAGCAGGGGACCCUGGCCUACCUGGUAUCAUGGGUGAGAGGGGUGAGGCUGGCCUUCCAGGACCAUCUGGUUUACCAGGAUUAAGAGGAGAGAAAGGAGAUCAGGGUGAAAAAGGAAGAGCAGGACUUCCUGGCUUCAAAGGUGAAAGAGGUGACAAGGGUGACAUUGGUCCGGCUGGCCCCCCAGGCUUACCAGGAACGGUGUCCAUAUUUACUCCACGUCCCAGUGUUCCUGGAGAACAAGGGCCAAAAGGUGAAAAGGGUGACCAUGGAGAAAGAGGUGAACCCGGAGUACGUGGCAUCCCAGGUGAACAAGGGCCCCCUGGACCACCAGGAAAGCAGGGAGUGAAGGGACAAGAAGGAGCAAUCGGAGGACCAGGAGCCUCUGGAGAGGCUGGAGCUCCUGGACCUGCAGGCCCCCCAGGCCCACGUGGCUUGCCUGGAAAUGUGGGUGUGCCCGGAGACCCUGGUCAACAAGGAAAUGAUGGGCAAAAAGGAGACAAGGGUGAUCCUGGGAAGGAAGGGAAACCGGGAGCACCUGGGCCCACAGGUGGACCAGGAGUUGCUGGAGAACCUGGGCUACCUGGCAAGGGCCGAGAUGGAGAGAGGGGUGAAAGAGGACCACCAGGUUUGCCUGGACCCUACGGACACAAGGGAGACCGAGGAGCUCCUGGUGUUCCUGGCCAGCCGGGGGAUCGGGGGGCACCAGGACUUGGCCUCUCUGGGCCACCCGGACCCGCAGGACCUCCCGGAGACAAAGGGCCAUCGGGUCCCCGAGGUUUGCCAGGCAUCCAAGGCCCACCUGGACAAUCUGGUCAGGACGGCUUUCCAGGAAAUCAAGGUGAAAGAGGACCUCCAGGGAAACCGGGUGCCUCUCCUAUCCUUUCUCCUGGUGAUAUCAGGCUCCUAGUGAAGGAUGUUUGCACUGAUUGUCCUCCUGGGCCACCUGGACUUCCCGGCAUCCCCGGAUUCAAGGGUGACAGAGGACCCCCAGGCCCACUUGGCAGUGAAGGCCCCAUUGGAAAGACGGGAGAGAAUGGACCCAGAGGUUUUCCUGGACCACCAGGUGUUGAAGGUCCCAAGGGUGCUAAAGGAGACCGUGGGACAUCUGGUGAGGUUGGACUGAAGGGCGAACAGGGCCAUCCUGGUAUUCCUGGCUUCGUGGGUCCACCUGGAAAUCCAGGUCCACCUGGCUCGGAUGGUUCACCAGGACCCACAGGACCACCAGGGAAUCCUGGAGAUCUAGGUAAAGAAGGCCCACCAGGACCUCAAGGCCCACCAGGAUUGCCUGGAAUUGUGGGCAUUGCUGGGAAAGAAGGCAAAGAUGGCAAACCAGGGCCUCCCGGGGAACCGGGCAAGCCAGGUGAGCCUGGGAUACCUGGACCAGAAGGAUCUAGGGGCCUGCCAGGUUUUAAGGGACCCAGAGGAGAUACAGGGACGCCUGGCUCAAGGGGAGAACCAGGCCCGCCAGGUGUCCCAGGCCGAGAGGGACAACCAGGAAAAGAUGGAGAUCCAGGACCCACUGGGCCUCAGGGCCCCCGAGGACUCAGAGGAUUGGUGGGCAAGAAUGGAUCACCCGGCCCUCCAGGGGAAGCUGGCUCUCCAGGUGGCCCAGGCCCCAAAGGAAACAAAGGUGAAACUGGCAGCCCAGGACUCCCGGGCUUCAUAGGGCCUCGAGGGCCUCCGGGAGAACCAGGCGAGAAGGGUCUCCCAGGGAAAGAGGGCACUCCAGGAAAACCCGGCCCACUUGGAGGCAAAGGUGACAGGGGAGAUUCUGGCAAUAAAGGCGAAAAAGGUCCAGCAGGAGAGAAAGGCCCACCAGGAGAACCUGGGAUCCCUGGUCGUAAAGGACACACUGGAUUAAUGGGCCCACCAGGACCAUCGGGAGACACAGGACAGGGUGGACCUCCAGGUCCUCCAGGGCAACCAGGAUUUCCUGGGCCUAGGGGGGAUCCUCCAUCACUGGAAACUCUGCGAAGACUCAUUCAAGAAGAGUUAGGGAAACAACUCGAUGCCAGACUGCCCUAUCUCUUGAGUCAGGUGCAACCGUCCCACAUCAAAGCACCUCAAGGUAGACCAGGGCCUCCAGGGUCACCUGGUAAGGAAGGCCUUCCAGGUAGGUCAGGUCCUCCAGGAGAACCUGGCAGGCCUGGACAGCCUGGCUUGGAAGGACCAUCAGGACCAAUGGGCCCCAAAGGUGAAAGAGGAGACAAAGGAGAAAAAGGAGAUGCUGGUAUUGGCCAACGGGGUGAAAAAGGUCCCCCAGGAAUUCCAGGUGUUCAGGGUGAACCUGGCUAUGGCAAAGACGGGAUGCCGGGAACACCAGGCCCCCAAGGAGAUGUGGGCGCUCCUGGCCUUAUGGGCCCCCAAGGUCCUCCAGGCGCCAACGGACAAUGUGACCCCUCUCAGUGUGCCUACUAUGCAAGCCUAGCAGCCAGGCCCAGCAACGUCAAGGGGCCCUGAACAGUGAAGCCUCCCUUGGACUUCCUAUGGAUGCACUUCUGAAACUUGAAUUCAGUCAGGAAGUCAGGAGAACUAACCAGUUACACUCCUGUUUCUUUCUAAGAGGCCUUUUAAGACUAUUAAAACCAUCAAAUGCU